GCGUGAACAUAACAAAGCCACUUCAUUGCGGCAGCAAUCAAGUACAAAAAGACUCCUCCUCAAUUUACCACCUCCCAUGUACAUUAUGUUUGUUUUCAACCGGAAUCGACGCCAUUCAAAGUUUGCUUCUGACUUUCUAACAUUCUCGCGACCACCUUGAGCUUCUUCUUGUUGACGAGAAGCAUUUUACUGAACAAUUUCAACUUGUACUCGCCGCUUUUCAUACAUCAUGCUGCGCGCCUUUAUUUCCGCCCUGUGGCGGCUGUUGGUCCGGGCCUGGGACUUGUGGAAGCGGUUGGUUUUGAAGAACCAAAUCAUCAACACUUUACUCCUGGCAACCCUAUCCACGUGUGUCUUCACCGUCGCGACGCUGGUCUUGUUCUGGUUCGCCUACAACGUUUUCGUUCCGGGAGACCUAGUUCUACCGCUCCACGCAACCUACUCAUCUUCUGUGGACGAGCCGGCUGGUGGUGCAAGUGGACCACAACAAGUUACGCGCGGAGUUCAAGCCGCUAGUACUACACCAAGUUCGAGUAGUACAAGCAGCGGUCGCGUUUGUGCGGAGUUCGGCUUUCUCGACCAAAAAGAGCCGUUUCAAGCCCCGAUAAUAGCAGCGACGAAAAUACCUUCAGCCACUGGGGGAGCUGCGUCUGAAGGGUGGUCUAGUACUUCGUCCGACGAGUCCGCAAUGGAAGAGAGAGAAAUAGCAAGCGCCACCGUCGAGGAACAGGAAGUAAUAGACAAGACUUUUUACUCGCAGGGGUUUGAGAAAACCGUUUUCUCCACCGUCUCCUCCAGUUUCCUCCGUUUCACCAGCAGAACGCUAACGAAGGCGAAGUCGGUAUUCCGCCUGAGACUAGCCGCAAGGCUCCCGCCGAUAAAUUCUGCACGGAACUUCAACGACGAGCUCGGGCCGAUAGGUGUGGCGCUCACAUUGCUGUCAAGUACACAAGCAAUAAAACACAGCUCUGGUGGCACAAGCGCCGUGAACGAUAGUGCUACGAAAGCAAAUAAAGCUGCAUCGUCGAAAAAGGAGAAAGAUAAAGAAGCAAAAAACGUACAUUCUUCUCCAAUAGUACCGCAAAGAAAGACCUUGUCUCGGCGCUCCUUUUUCGUGCCGGCGACUUCGGACCCGAAUGCGCAGAGUGUCUUCAGCUUCCUGAUCUUGAACCCGCUGCGGAUGGUGCUUUCCAGGCUGUUGCACGCGGAUCAGGACCCCUACUGGGACUCGGAUUUUCACAUCAGCCUGGCGGAGAAUUUCAGCUUGAAAUCGGUAUAGUUAGUUUGAUGUUCCGUUUGCGCUUGCAGUGUCUCUCCACUUGCAGCUCAGUCGUGGUAGCGCACUGUAAUAGAUAAGCAGCCCAAAUGUUUCGUCGCAUUCACUCAUCAUGCUGCAGCGCAAGAACGAGAUGAAUGAAGAUUUUGACUUUUGGAAAACAUCGCACAUAAAAGCAAAAGCAAAUUUUCAACCGCCCAUGAACAUGAUUAGGUCCUUCCCUCCGAUCGUCUUGAGCUCUGCCUCUCCCCUGCCGUCCGCAUGGAGAACCUUUUUCUCAUCCUGGAACCAGAACUGGACGGGUUUAAGCGCUGGAUCCGGAUGUACCCGUACCUUUUCGCGCUAACCGCACUGGCGGUGGCCUUCACCAUCGGUUGCGGGGUCACGUUGUUCCUUUUCAUUCUCUCCAGCACAGUAUUGCAGGAGGACGUGGAGAACGAGGAAACAGAGCUCGACGAAAGUGCACUCGAGGGUGGAGGUGCUGCGUCAAAUUAUAACGGCACAGGAAAUAACAACUAUGGCGACGAGCAAAACGGGAAGAACGCCAAUGGUAGAAGCUCGGAAGUAGAUAUAAACCCGAGCCAACACUCCUCCCCCACAUGCAGCACUACACGGAGUCCAAACAACGCCGGGUUCGGCCAUAACACAACGCGAACGAGGCUUGUGCAGUCUCCCGGAGCCGCGGGCGGGGGUUUGGAUAGUCCGACCAGCUCGCCCGCGUCGAGUAUGGUGAAAAACAGAAAGAAAAACGGAGGUGGCGGGCAGUUCAAUUUAGAUUCAAGUCCGGUCAACAAUCAACAGAGCAAUAGCGGCGCUGGGCUGUUCAGCGAUACGACUGCAAGCCCGAUGUCGGAGAAGAACCUCGCGAGUGGCAGGGUCUCCGUGGAUACAAAUGAUGGUACUAGAACUCUUGAAUUCCGAUUCGUAUGAAGUUUUUGGUUGUAGGGGCAUAGGCUGCUGGUUUUAGUCCACGGUCAUGUAAAAAAAUUCCAUCUAUCACACGAAAACUUCACAUACAGGCACUGCACCACGGCGGCGCAAGAAUAAACGAAGCAGCAACAACCAAGCAGACGCAAACACGGUGAGGCACCUCGCGAAUCAAAAUUCAUCGCAGGCUUGACACGGUUGCGAGUAGAAGCGACGGACCGACUGCGUCUGCGACGGCACGGCAGCGAGUGGCUAGCAUGGCGGAACUGGCGAUCACGCAACGUCGGAAAAAAGCAUUUUGGCCUGCUGCUGCGUCUUCGUUGCUUGCCCCCGCAACACGACGAGCCUUCAGCGGUGCACGCUGGAGGCUCCUUGUGGCCGUGCUCUACUUUCCGGAAUUUCGUCUGUGUGUGUGUGUGUGUGUGUGUCAAGAGAAAGAUGGCAGGCCAGAAACCACCGGCUGCAGGAGGAGGUGCGGUCUAUUUCAGGUUGUAGCCCGUCGUGCCCCUGCAGCUGCGGGUAGUACAGCUGGGCCGCACGCGGAUGAUUUUCCACCUGGCGACACCGAGCACAGAUUGACAACGCUUGCUUUCGUUUUCAAAGAAAUAAUGAACGACUUUCGCAUACAACAUGUACAUGAUGCUAUGAUCGCGACAGCCACAGUAGAAAUCAUAUCCUCACUCGCCUCCGCAUUUUGAUUUUGGAAGCGCAACUUCAUCGAAGUGCUAGUAUCGCUACAGAAGUUUUCCAAGUAGUGAU